AUGUGGACUCCGGCGGAGAAUCGAAAGUCAUCAGCAUCGCCGGAGAAGGAAGAGAGGUUUUAUACGACGAGAGGGUCAGUGAUGGGGUUGGAGGAGAAUGGGAAGGUUUCAAUGGAAGGUGGUAGAGGACAAGGAGGGGAUGAUAAUAGAGCUCUUGUUUGGCCAAAGUUGUAUAUUGGAUGUUCAAGCAAAGAGAAAGAGGAGGAUUUUAUGGCAAUGAAAGGUUGUAAGCCUCCUCAAAGACCUAAGAAAAAAGUCAAAAUCAUUCAAAGAACACUUUUUGUAAGUCCUUUCACACAUCUUAUACAUAUAGAAAUUCAAAGUAUAUCCUCAAGUUGUAGAAGAAAAAGAUGA